UGUCUUUUGACUCUUUUCCCAUAUAUGCUCUCUGUUUUCUCCAAACAACAACUCAAAAACACUUUUUCACAACAAUGGCACAUAAACAUGCCAACCACCACCAUCUGCUCCUCCUCAUCACCACCAUCCUCCUCCUUACAACCACCAUCUCCGGCGAUGACUCCGCUGUCAUGUCAACCUUUCUCACCGCCUUAUCACCACUACCAACCAACUGGAAACCUUCUACAGAUUUCUGUUCAUGGGAUGGCAUCAAAUGUGACAACACAAAACAAGUCACAGAUAUCAAUCUUGAUAAACUUUCAUUAUCAGGAUCUUUACCAUCCAAUUUGAACCAACUUUCCCAACUAAAAAACCUCCACCUCCAAAACAACAAACUUUCUGGUGACUUGCCAUCUUUGUCAAACUUAACUUUUCUUGAAUCAGUUUUACUUGACUUUAAUAAUUUUUCUUCCAUCCCACAAGGCUUUUUUCUUGGCCUUACAAGUUUACAAGAAUUUAGUAUCUCAGAUAACUCAAAUCUAUCACCUUGGACCAUUCCUAAUGAUCUUACAGAAAGUACCAAUUUACAAAAGUUUUCUGCAAGUAAUGCGAGUAUUAUUGGGUCUAUUCCUGAUAUAUUUGGUAAAUUCCCAAGUUUACAAAAUCUUAGAUUGUCUUAUAACAAUCUAACAGGAAGUUUGCCUCCAAGUUUUGGUGGUUCUGCGAUACAAAAUCUUUGGCUGAAUAACCAAAUUCAAGGACUUUCUGGUGAGAUUGAUGUGCUUAAAGAUAUGACACAAUUGUAUCAAGUUUGGUUACAAGCAAAUGAAUUCACAGGUGAAAUUCCUGAUCUUAGUAAAUGUGUUAAUUUGUUUGAUUUGCAAUUAAGAGAUAAUCAGUUUACUGGUAUUGUUCCUAGCUCUUUAAUGAACUUGCCUAAAUUAGCAAAUGUUACAUUAAAGAAUAAUAAGUUGCAAGGUGAAUUGCCUGUUUUUCGUAGUGGGGUUAUGGCUGAUGUUGGGGGUGAUUCCAAUAGCUAUUGUUUGACUACGCCUGGCCCGUGUGACGCCCAGGUUAGUGCGUUACUUGAGGUGGCUAAAGCCAUUGGAUUUCCUAUGCAAUUAGCGGAAUCUUGGAGAUUGAAUGAUGCUUGUAAUAAAUGGAUUUUUGUUGCUUGUGAUUCUUCUGGGAAGAAUGUGAACUCUGUAAACUUUGCUAAAAAGGGGUAUUCGGGUACUAUUUCCCCUGCUUUCGCGAAUUUGACUUCGUUGCGAAGUUUAACGUUGAAUGAUAAUAAUCUUGUUGGUCCUAUUCCUAAAGUGUUGACAAAUAUGCCUAGUUUAAGAACUUUUGAUGUGUCUAAUAAUAAUCUUUCUGGCCCUAUUCCGGAAUUCCCAAAAGAAGUGAAGUUUUUGAGUGGUGGUAAUAAGUUUUUAGGUCAAGAUAUCCCUGGUGGAACAGACGGCCUACCUGGUUCGGUGCCAAGUAAUGACGGGCCAGGUGGAAAUGCACCUGGUUCGUCAAAAGGGUCCUCUUCUAAGACUGGUACAGUUGUAGGGAUUGUUGUUGGUGUUUUGUUUUUCGUUGUGAUUGUUUUCUUUGUGUUUUACAAAUGUUAUAUGAAAAAGAGACACCAGAAGUUUGGACAUGUUGAGAACCCUGAAAUUGGUAAGGAGUUAAUGAAGGCAAGCGUAAAUGGAAGUAAUUCAAAUGGUUAUGGUGGCGGUUUUAGUGAGUUGCAGAGUCAAAGCAGUGGUGAUCAUAGUGAAAUGAAUGUUUUUGAAGGGGGGAAUGUUGUAAUUUCUAUUCAAGUUCUUCGAGAAGUUACUGAUAACUUUAGUGAACAGAAUAUUUUGGGAAGAGGUGGAUUUGGGGUUGUUUAUAAAGGGGAGUUACAUGAUGGAACCAAGAUCGCUGUUAAAAGGAUGGAAUCGGGUGUCAUGGGAACCAAAGGGUUGAAUGAAUUUCAAGCCGAGAUUGCAGUACUCACAAAAGUCAGACACCGUCACUUGGUGGCUCUACUUGGAUAUUGCGUUAAUGGAAAUGAGCGGCUUUUGGUCUAUGAGUACAUGCCACAAGGAACUUUAAGUCAACAUCUGUUUGAAUGCAGUCAGCAUAAGACCUCUCCUCUAAGUUGGAAACAAAGGGUUUCAAUAGCUUUGGAUGUGGCACGUGGGAUCGAGUAUUUGCAUAGUUUGGCUCAAUCAAGCUUCAUUCAUCGAGAUCUAAAGCCGUCUAACAUCCUUCUUGGUGAUGACAUGAGAGCGAAAGUUGCUGAUUUUGGUUUGGUUAAAAAUGCUCCUGAUGGUAAAUACUCGGUUGAAACUAAACUCGCUGGAACGUUUGGUUAUCUUGCUCCUGAGUAUGCUGCUACCGGGAGAGUGACUACAAAGGUGGAUGUGUUUGCAUUCGGUGUAGUCUUGAUGGAAUUGAUAACAGGCAGAAAAGCGCUAGACGAGACCUUGCCUGACGAAAGGUGUCAUUUGGUGACAUGGUUUAGAAGAGUCCUUAUCUCAAAGGAAAACAUGUUAAAGGCAAUUGACCAAUCACUCGAAACAGAAGACGAAGAAACUCUUGAUAGCAUCUCCAAGGUAGCAGAGCUUGCAGGUCAUUGCACAGCUCGUGAGCCAUUCCAAAGACCUGACAUGGGUCAUGCAGUUAACGUGUUGGGUCCUCUUGUAGAACAAUGGAAACCUUCUCGACCCGAAGAAGAAGAUGGCUAUGGAAUUGACCUCCAUAUGAGCCUUCCUCAAGCCCUUCAAAGAUGGCAAGCCGAUGAGGGUACCUCAAGGACGUUUGAUAUAUCAUUAACGCAGUCAAGCAUUCCCUCUAAGCCUUCUGGUUUUGCAGACUCAUUUGACUCUAUGGACUGUCGAUAGAUUUAAGCGAAAAACUUACGUAUCAAAAACACAGAUUAAAUUUGAAAUUGUUGAAAUUUGUUCAUUUUUUAUGCCUAUUUACAAAGUUAAGUUGAACUAUUUGUUGGGAACAUGAGAGAAGUUGUUAAUCUUUUUGCCCAAAUGCUGCAUUAGAUAGUUGUAUCAUAUUCAUUACAAGUUAUUACUGCCUAAAGUGUAUAAUAGGACAUCUCUUUUUGUUUUUUGGUA